UAUUGUAAUGAGCGAUUUAGUGGGCAACUUCAUUCUGUUAAAUUUGUGUCAUGGUGCGCGCGCAUCGUAAAAUUUCACUCUCAUCAAUUUUUCAUAACGCGCCUAAAGAAGUAUAACAUCAAUAAAUUUUUUUUUACAUAUUCUCCACAUAUUAUCAGUUGCUUUGCUCUCUACAUUUUUUCCUACCUCCUUAAAUAGAACGCAGCCUCGAGCUCACAGCUGAUACAACGAAAUCCCACAACGCUGUUUGACAGUUUGCAGCUAUGGUUUUAUAAAUGUCAACUUGUAUUGUCAACAAUUUUCAUAUCUAGCUAUUGUAGCCCUUUAUAAUAUUUACAGAAGAUGGUGAUGUUUCUUUAAACAUGGCGAAUAUUGCUAACCCUGCACCAUAUACAUAUAAACGAGAAAGUGCAGUCAUACCUACUAUAAAAUCAGAAUUAUUUAGUAAUCGUUUAAAAGCCGCAAAGAAUUUAUAUCGAAAAGAUCUUUUGUGCCAUUUCGGGUGUGUAAAUGCUAUAGAGUUUUCAAGCAAUGGCGAAAUUCUCGUAUCAGGUGGAGAUGACAGGCGUGUUAUGGUUUGGAAAUUUGGGCAUGCAAUAUUAGAUCAUGGUAAACCACACUCAUUAAAAGCAGUUCACCAAUCAAAUAUUUUUUGUAUUGGAAUUACUAAUGACAACAAAAAGAUUUAUUCAGGAGGGAAUGAUGAUAUUGUAAUUGUUCAUGAUGUGGAAAGCAAAAGUCCACUUGAAGUACUCCAACACCAGAGAGCUGUAUGCUGUCUUAGCAUAGAUCCGUUUAGUGAACGUGUAGUUUCAACCGCCGGUAAUGAUGGAAGACUGCUGCUGUUUGACACCAGGAGAUCUGUUCAUGAGUCCUUGGUUAUAUCACGGAGUCGAAAAGCUUUCCAUGGGGUAAUGUACCACCCGCAACAAGCUGGAAUGCUUGUGUCUGCAAAUGCAAGGGAUGGAAUUAGUCUGUGGGACUUGCGUUCACCUAAACAGCCAGUUGUACGUUAUAGUGGAAAGAAGGGUCCCUAUCAGAACAGCAUGAGCGUUUGUUUUAAUUCAACUGGCACUCACGUAUUAGCCUUAAGGCGACGACUUCCACCAGUGCUGUAUGCUGUCCAAUCGCCAGAACCAGUUGCUGAAUUCUAUCAUCAAGAUUAUUAUAAUUCGUGUACAAUGAAGAGUUGUUCCUUUGCGGGUCAGAAUGACGAAUAUGUGCUGUCCGGUUCGGAUGACUUUAACAUCUAUGCAUGGAAAAUCCCAGACGGUGGAGGGGGAUCUGAAUUGGCUGUCGAGCCACCGCAUUUAAUUCUUUACGGACACAGAUCCAUAGUUAACCAAGUGAGGUACAAUCGACAUUACUGUACGAUUGCGUCGUCGGGCGUUGAAAAAAUUAUAAAAGUUUGGUCGACCAUUGAGUACCCGAAAAUGCGCGGAACUCUUUUAGAAGAAGCUCAGGGAUCGGACAAUCCCCGGGAGAUAUACAGCCACGAGGACUACGUCUCGCUCGUUCAUCACAGCGGACAGUACAUAUCGCACAACUACGCAGAGCAGUCGACCAACGAGGACCCGCGGAUGAUGGCGUUUUUCGAUUCUCUGGUCCAACGCGAACUAGAGUGCCUCGCCUACGAUACGGACUCCUUGGACGGCUCCUCGUCGGCUGCGUCCAUGCUCGAUCAGGACUCGGAGUCGUCAGACACCGACCAGAUUGUUGCCGACUUCUUACCGCUGCCGCCGAAAAGAGAAAAUCAAAAUGGAGCACGCGGUCAACGAUGCCCCAAUCGCAUGGCUCGCCUGGUGACGUCUCGUUACAAUAAAAACGUACGGCCGCAGAAAAGAGACGCCCUCAGGCGCAGCAAGCAGCCUCGCAGCGCGGGCAAGUCGAGUGGCAAGGGCAAGGGAGUGCGCACCCGCGCGAUGCGGCGCCCCGCGCCCCGCCCCGCACCCCCCGCCGAUCGGACCGACUCCGACGAGCCCGCACGAGCGCUCUACAGGAACUCCGCCCGGAUGAUCAGACCGGUUAGAAGACGACAGAACUCCAGUAGGUCCGUUAAAAGAAAAGCCAAAACAAAUUGUUACAGAAGAGUCUCGAAUUUAAGGAACAACGGUGGCACCACACCUCAAGAUAGUAGCGAUAACAACAACUGUACGAACUACGACAAUUACGAAGACAACAUGGCGUUACCCAGUACAAGCUCAGGUUACAGAGGUCAAAACGCACCGGCGCUUUUCCGGAUAGCCGAGGUGGAUUCAGACGACGACCAUUCGGCCAGCAGCAGGCCCCUGUCGCCGGGCAAUCAAAACGCGAAUUACGGCGUCCCCCCCAAUCUAAUCAGCAUCGUCCCGACUCCGGUCAACGGCUCGCGUGACUCGUUGGGCGAGUCGCUGCGGCUCGAGCCCCACGAGCACGAGGGCCACGCCCCCUCACUCCCCUCCGAGAGCCGCCCCCGGCUGAACUUGCGCCGCGUCAGGAGAAACGGCCGCGCCGCUCUGCACCGGUCCGACUCCAGCGAGUCGCCGCCCUUGAAGGACGAGACCGAACGCGCCACUACCUCGCUCGAAGGUCGACUCUCGCCCAAAAUCGGGUACAACCAGACAGUAGCGCGGCUCAUGAAUGAAACGAACGAGAGUGAGCUGGAGAGCAGUUGCAGCACGGAGAGCGGCGCGUGGCCCGUCCCGGUGGCGGGGGGUGCGGGGGGCGGGGGCGCCGGUCCGAGCGCCAAACCGCCCGAGGACGUUUCCGACGACUCUGACUUCCACGCGGUCAAGUUUCGUCAGCGCGUCAAAAAAUCACGUCGUAGUUAUAAGAGCCACAUGGAAUCAGAUUCGAACUGAGAUGACUGUAGAUAAAUUAUUAAAAUCAUCUCUUAUUAGUUGUUCCACUGUAAGUGGACACUAUUACACUGCCAUGGUAUUAAUUUAAAAAGGAUUUUUUUCCGAUGCACGGAUUAAGUUUCCUACAAGAGACAGAUGAUCUUGAACAUCUUUUAUUGAUUUUCCUAAUGUGCUGUGAAACUUGUAUUUUUUUUUUGUAAGUAAAAAUUAAUAUAUUUCGGAUUUUACCUAAUUUAAUAUACACAGUAGUUAUAAAUAUAUGUAAACCAUAUGGCCCAUAUAUUAUGUGGCUACUUACAAUAUAAAAGUUAACUGUAGUCAUGAGAGAUAACGGGCAUGUACCACUUUUUUAUAGUUAGAAUCAUUCUCUAUAAAUUGUGCACAAAUUGAUAUGUAUAAUGAAGAUGUUACUGCAAUUUUCACUAGAUUCUGAUUGGAUUCGACUCUAUUGUCGUAUUCCUGACUAUAAAUUUAUGCCUGCUUAUAAUAUUAGGUAGAAUUGACAAUGAUCAAGAAUUUCCCUUGACACUUAUGUCCAAAUCACAGGCAUCUCUGUCCAAUAGAGAUAGAGAGCAGCGUAUCGAUUUUACUUUAUUUCAUAAGUUAUACAAUAAAUGUUUAAUUCAUACAUUUUGUAUCUUGUUUGCUCUAGCGUAACGAUGUGCGUGUAAAUAGUGUUGAAAUUGUAUAAAAAUGUGAAUGUGAUCCUAUACUUGUUAAUAGGUAUUAAAUCGAAAUGAAAAAUCAAUGUUUUCCAAAAAGGUCUCGGAUUAAUAAUGCCAUUAAAGAAAUAUUUAAAA